GCGCCACCCGGCCUCCUUAUCUCCUGCUAGCUCACUUCGAAUCCUUUCCAGAAAGCGGUGAAAUAAAAUCAACGAUCACCAACUCCCGCCUCGCGCACAGAGAGAGAUCCCAUCUCCAGAUUUCGAUGUCCUUCAGCGUCUAACUCCCUCGAUCCUGGGAACACAGGCUUCAGCCGACAGCGCGAAUUAUGUCCCGGGGCGUCAAGCCUCCGCGUGGCGGCGCCCCAAACACCUCCUCAAAAGACCUCCAAAGAGACAGGAUCAGAUCUGUGGCUUUCACCCGUGUACACCCAGUUAGGAAAAAUAAAACAAGCGGAGAAUUUCACCAAAACUAAACCGCAGGGGACCUUUUUAAUUUUAGCGAGAGCGGAAACGGAAGUCCUGGAAGGGUCAUAGAGUUCUCUAAUUCCGGCUUCGGCACUGCGUUCUGAGCUAGAGCGCCUCUCCUCCUCCCACCGUCUCUGAGGCUCCGGAAGCUUUUAUUGCCGGGUACCUCUUCUGUCAUAAAGCGGAGACCUCCCCUCAAGCCUGGCGUUGUGGGUCCUUUGCGCCUCGCCUAGGGUCACCCAGCAAGGACGGGCGCUGGUGGGGAUACUUUACAGCCAACAACUAGACAGUCUUCGAGUACCGGUCACGUAUUGGCACCUCUGAUCCCUCAGAGACGACUGGCUUUUGAGCCCUCACUAUUGAGGAUACCCAAUUCGCAGGCUCCGGGACGGCCGCUCGAGAGGACAGCGUUCAUUCGCCCAUACCUGUUUCCCACAGUUAGACUGCAUUGUGAGGUGCAGCAUUUAAUAAGUCACCACCUCCCCACAGACUACUUCCAUCCACGUCCACCCACGUCCGAGUUAACUUCGUUCUCCACCUUCUUGAGAGAUCCCUCUCCACGCCUCCAGAAGAGGUCUUUUUUUCCCAGUUAAAUCUCAUCCCCUUGGCCCGUAAAAUUGAGUUCGGAGCUUCGGAUAUCCGGCAGAAAAAUUACCUUUAAGACUGAGCACCCACUUGAUCAAAAAAAGGUUCAUGCUCAUUACAGAGUCUGUGGGAAAAGUGAAGCCCAGUAAACACAGGAAACGAUGGCUGAGCAUGGGGCGCACAUUACAACCGCUUCUGUGGUGGAUGAUCAACCAUCCAUCUUUGAAGUGGUAGCACAGGACAGUUUAAUGACAGCAGUGAGACCCGCCCUUCAGCAUGUGGUUAAGGUUCUUGCAGAAUCAAAUCCUGCCCACUAUGGCUUCCUCUGGAGGUGGUUUGAUGAAAUCUUCACUCUGCUAGAUCUUCUGCUUCAGCAGCAUUACUUGUCUAAAACUAGUGCCUCAUUUUCUGAAAACUUUUAUGGCUUAAAGCGGAUUGUAAUGGGGGAUACACGAAAGUUUCAGAGAUUGGCCAGUGCGGGUCUUCCAAAGCAGCAGCUUUGGAAAUCAAUUAUCUUCCUGGUUCUUUUUCCCUAUCUGAAAGUGAAGCUGGAGAAGCUGGUUUCUAGCCUGAGAGAAGAGGAUGAAUAUUCUAUUCAUCCCCCUUCUUCCCACUGGAAACGAUUUUACCGAGCCUUCCUGGCAGCCUACCCAUUUGUCAACAUGGCCUGGGAAGGCUGGUUUCUUGUACAGCAACUUCGAUACAUCCUAGGAAAGGCUCAGCAUCACUCACCACUGCUGAAGCUGGCUGGAGUUCGGUUAGGUCGACUGACAGUUCAGGAUAUACAAGCUCUGGAGCACAAACCAGUUGAAGCCAGCAUGAAGCAACCACCAGCCAGUGUUAGUAAGAAGAUAAAGUCAACUCUGAAGAAAGCUGUGGGAGGUGUUGCCUUAUCCCUCUCUACUGGCCUUUCUGUAGGUGUAUUCUUCCUGCAGUUCCUUGAAUGGUGGUACUCAUCUGAAAAUCAAGAAACCAUAAAAUCACUGACUGCCCUGCCUACUCCACCACCACCUGUACACCUGGACUACAACUCUGAUUCUCCCCUACUACCCAAAAUGAAGACUGUGUGCCCGCUGUGUCGUAAAACCCGGGUGAAUGAUACUGUUCUUGCCACCUCUGGCUAUGUGUUUUGUUAUCGUUGUGUGUUUAAUUAUGUGAGGAGUAACCAAGCUUGUCCCAUUACAGGGUAUCCCACAGAAGUGCAACAUCUGAUUAAACUGUACUCCCCUGAGAACUGAAAGUAAUUAGUGUCUUACCUCAUAGCUACUGUACUAUAAGGUCAUAGGGCUGAUUUUCAGCAUAACACAUAGCAUUAUUUGAUACUUCUCAGCCUGAAUUCAUAAUUACAUGAAUUUUAAACAACUAUACAGAUUUCUUUAAAAGGAUAGACCCAUUUGAUCCUAAACUUUUGACCUGCUCUCUAGAUCCCUACUUACAGUUGACCAAUAUGGUUAGAGUAUGAAAGUUAAGAUUGGCGGGGGAAGGAGGGCCAGCACAGCGGAAGUGGAUAAAAGAGGAUAAUUAGUGCUGAGGCUUUUCCUAUCUCUCCCAAGAGCUUCUUAUACCUCUUGUUCUUUAAGGAGAGAGAUUUGAGCCAUACAUAUCUUUAUAAGCCAUAUGUAUCUUUUUUGGGAAACGGGUUAAAGGGGCUGAGUGUUUAGAGUAGUCUGAAGAUUUUAGUGUGAAAGCAAAGCUAACAAGAAUGAAGAGAUAAAAGUAAAAUACUGAUCUAACUAUGACUGUGUAAGGUCUUUUGAUAAGGUCUUCCUGCUUGCUGUUUUGUUAAAGAGUUUGCUAAACUGGCAUGAAUUAUUCUGCCUAAUACUAAAGUUUCUAUGAAACACUUCUUAAGUGUUUAAGAAUAAAUGUUUCUGGCGAAGCGCUGUCCUAUGUUAUGAUUAUGUGGAAACUUAAUAAUUGCUUGAGGUGUUUAAAAUAAAUUUUUCAUCAUAUCACCUUUGACUUUUUGAGAUAUUUUUGUGUUAACAUUUUGCUUUUUUGCUAAUCCAACAACUGGAACAAAAACCUCUAUUCAAACAGCAAGAACUCAGUCUUGUGUGUAAUAUCUUGAAUCAGAAAUACUUCAGUAACAGUUACACAGCCUGUGUAGGAAAACUCAUGCCACUGGAUUGGCAGGUUGGUGAAACUACAUGGGUAAAAAACAAUCAUCAUUCCUAAAAGAGGAAGGAUGAAAUCAACUUUUAAGUACCUCUGCUGAGAUAGGUGUUUUCAAAUACUUUUAAUAAUUUUAGCAAUUCAAAGCACAUUCUUUAACAGCACACAGGUGAUAAACUUUCAAAUAACAUAUCAUAUGGGUUUUAAAAUAUUAAAACUUUUAUAUAUCAUAAUAAGAGUGAAUAUAAUGGAUAGUUGCCAAAAAUUCUUGCUAACCCUUUAAAAAAAAACUGUUGCCAUCAAUUCAAUUUCAACUCAUGGGGACCCCAUAUGUUACACAGUAGAACUGUUGCUCUAUAGGGUUUUCUUGGCUGUAGUCUUUAUGGAAGCACACUGCCAGGCAUUUCUCUCAAAAGAGCUGAUGGAUAGGUUCAAACUGCCAACCUUUAGGUUAGCAGCUGAUCAUAAACCACAUAUGCCACUCAGGUACCUUCUAAACCUAACAGGUUUUACAAAAACAAAUACCACAGUUAAUUAAACAAAAAAUUUUUAAUCCACUAAAAAGUAAAUAAAGGGAUUAAACCAGAUUCAGGAUUGAAAUGAUGUAGUCCUCCACGAAGAUUUCAAAGCCAGAUUUCUCACCUCAAUCUAAGAAGGAAAAUGUGAAAGUAUCAGCAAUUCAAAAGAAUAUCAAAGAAACACCCUUAUACAUGAUAAAACCAGUAUCCAAAUAGGCUACAGCACAUCAGUAUGGAAAAACCACAACCAGAAUCAGCUCAGAGAGAAGAUUAAGGGAUCAUACCCUGGUCAGAGCCAACACAAAAGCAAUGGCAAUACCAGGUCAGACUAUACUUCACUCAUCAUUGCAUUCCACCUCGCUGUAAUAUCUGAGAGCAUUCCAUUGCCCUAUUUUCACGUCCAAUUAAAUUUAGGAUUAUCUAUGAAAAAAAUACUUUUUAAGGUAAGUUUUAACCACGGGUUUUCAAUAAAUAUUUUAUCUUCUACACUUUGUUUUAAGCAAUUCUGCUACACAAAGAGCAAACUUGCACUUUUCUUUAAGCACAGAGGAGAGUGGAUUAGCAUUUACUGUUCAAAAACAUUUUUUUAAUGAGCCCAAACACCAUGCAUUAACAAAAUCUCAGGGGUAUUUGUAAAGGGACUUAUAGUCUAGUUCUAAAGCUAAAACUUUAGAAAAGAUUUUCUACUAAAUUUCUUUAUAAAGUAAAUCCCAGUUAAUUUAAUGUAUAAUUCCAUUUACAAUUCUGCUAACAAAUAUUAAAAAGUAUCAUCAUAAAAUUUUUAUACAGGGAUCUUCUAAUGAGUCCAAGAACCAGAGAGGCUAUGAUUUGCCAAAGGUCCAUAGCAAAUGAACGGCAGAGCUGGGAAGAAAACUGAGGUCUAUCUUCAGUUUUAUAUUUUUCUACUACCAGCUAAAUAUAAGGUUUAAUUCCAUUUUUCUCCUGGCUCUGACCCUUAGAUUUACUAAUGAGGGAGGGCAUGGGCAAAACAAAGAAAUCAAGGCAGUCUGGAUAAUUCAUAACCUGUAUAAUCAAUUUCUAAAUGAGAAAGUUGAUGGCAUUUCAUUUAUUCUAAAUGGCACCUUCUGGUGGUAGAGUAUCACUGACAUGGAGCAAUACCAGGAUCUCCAGACCUUCAGCAUGGUAUUGUCAGUGUCUAAAUAACUAUUCUGGAUACGCCAUAUGCUUCCUUCACUGACAUUCCAUAGUUAAAAACUGACAGCUGUUGAUCUGUGUUCUCCAUGCAGCAAAUGAGCUUCAUAAAGAAAGGGAAACUAAUGUACAAAGUGCCUAUGAUGUAGGGGAUAUGCUUUACCCUUUAUCUCAUCCUCUACUGGUGAAGUAGGUACAAGUUAGAAAUGAGUGAACAAAGCUUGGAGAGCUUAAUAUAAGUAACUUUGCCUAAGAUUAUGGCACUUGUGAGCAGAGCCAAGAUCUGAACCAGCGAGUACCUGACUUUAAAGUCCAAGCUUCUUGUACCAGACCAUACUGCCGUCUCCCUGGGUCUCAUGCCGUACACUGAAUAUUACAUACAUAUCGACCUUAAACUACUUAAGUAUGAUUAUGUCAUUACUCACAAACAUUCAAAGGCUCCCCAUGGCCCAGGAAAUAAAAAUCCAAACUACUUUGCCUAGCAUUCAAGAUGUUUCAAAACUGACCCAAAUUUAUCCUUAACACUAUAACCCUAACACGUACCUUAUAGUCCAAGCAAACCAGACUAUGCUCUUUUGUGCCCCCCAUCGAGAAAGUCCUUCCCCUCUGUAGAACCCUUUCCUGUACUUCAAUCCUACCUCUCCCUUUGUGACCCUCUAAAAUGCCACCUUUGGCAUAAAGUCCUUUCUCCAUCAAUCCAACGGGAAACAUCUGUCUUUCCUCCGAAUUAUAGAAGUACUUUGCCUGUACCCAUGAUGUCGUACCUAUUUCACUUUGUAGAGUAUUUUAAGAUGGAGACAUCCUAACAUAAAAUUCAAGAUCCUUAAAAAUCUAUCCCCUGCCUACCUUUCAGCUUCGUCUUCAGUCGGGGGGCAAACCCACCAUGUGCUCCAGCCACACACAGCAGUUACUAUGCAGUUUUCUCCCUUAGCACAUUUUCUUCCGCCUGCAAUGGAAUGCCUUCCCCACCCCUUUCAAUCUAGAGAACGGUUAAUUCUAAAAACUUUACUCAAAUGGCACCUCUGUGAAGUGGUCCCUUAGUCACUCCCUUCUCUGACUCCCAGAGCACUUUUUUUCAAUCACAGCACAGCAUCACAUUCCAACUAUUCACCCAUUCACGUGUCCGCUUGCCCCUCUCACCAGCCCCAUCACAUUGAGUUCCUAAGGAACCAGGCCCGUGUUUUACUGGCCUUUGCAACAACUGCACCUAGAAUGUAGCCUGGUAAAUCCAUUGAGGAGGCUCAAUAAACGAGAGUUCAAUUCAAUCAGUGAGCGAUUCUCACAGUCUACUAAAUCCUAAGCAUCAGCCGAUUUACCUCCAACAUUGGCAGCAUACCUCAACUAUCUCCAAGCUCUCAUUCCCCCAGCUUCCACCUCACCACACUCAACCCAGCGCCCUACGCAAGACAGCCAAUGCUUACACACCCCAGGCCCUCAAUAAUAAGAUCCAAACUUUUAACUUCACGAAAGACUAAGAGAAGUCGUUCUUGCAGGAAACACAAGUUAGGCCGAUGCCAGGACUUCACCAAAGACCCAGGCAGAAGUCCGUCGCCCGCUGUAAGAACUCCUAAAACUCCUACGUCUUAGAUUCCCUCAGGAGCCUGUCCCAGC